GGGCAUGUCUUGGUCUUGGACUUGGACUGGGUGGAAAAAGGCGCAGCUAUUCGGAGCUGGGCUCCUACUAAGUGGCCGGUUGUCUGUUCACGUUGUCCGCCCGGUGGAGUUGACAAAAGAUGGGCCGCUGUUGCUACGGAAGGCCAACUUCCCACUGAGGAUCCUCAGCACAGGCGCGCUACCUGCCGAGUCCAGCUGUUUUUGCUUUGUUUACAACCUCCCAAUGGGGCUCUUGCUAUAACAGCGAGGACAUCUGGAUAUUAAAUGCAGCUAACGAGACUGAUGGAACCAAAUUCUUCUGUAAUAUCGCCCGCGUCGGCAACAUUAAGAUGAUCCUCGGUUCUCUGUGCAGUGAGAAGGCUCUCCGUGCUAUAGUCGUCUUCAUGAAGACCCGGUUUUGACAACAGAUCAGGGCCAGUUGGGGCCAAGACGUGGCGUUCGGGACUUCUACUCUACCCGUCCGACUUGGAGCGAUCCUGAAGAUCUCAGCGCUCGCCUGUCCUCAACAUGGAGCUGUUCUUCAACCCCUUCGACAGCUUGGUGUGCAUCCUCCUGGGUAUCUCCUUCACCGUGUGGUUCACGCUGCUGCUCGUCUUCAUCAUUGUUCCCGCCAUCUUCGGGGUGUCCUUUGGCAUCCGACGCCUCUACAUGAAGUCGCUGUUGAAGAUCUUUGAGUGGGCUACACUGAGGAUGGAGAGAGGAGCCAAAGAAAAUAAUCAUCCCUUGUAUAAGCCCUACUCAAAUGCUAUCAUUGCAAAGCAUCCCACGUCUUUGGAAGAAGAGAUCAAGGAGAUUCGGCGCAGCGGCAGCAACAAAGACCUGGACUCGGCGCCCGAGUUCGAGAUGUCGGACAUCUUCUAUUUUGCUCGAAGAGGGGUGGAGAGCAUCAUGGACGACGAGGUGACCAAGCGGUUCUCGCCAGAGGAGUUGGAGUCAUGGAAUCUGCUGACGCGCAGCAACUACAACUUCCACUACAUCAGCCUGAGGCUGACUGUGCUGUGGGGACUGGGCCUGCUGAUCCGCUACGGCAUCCUUUUGCCUCUCAGGGUAACUCUUGCCUUCACUGGUGUUGGCCUCCUGGUAUUCCUCACUUCUCUCAUAGGCCUACUGCCCAAUGGAAGGAUGAAAAACGUCCUGAGUGAGAAGAUCCACCUUAUGUGCAACAGAAUAUGUGUCAGAGCUCUGACUGCCAUCAUAACAUACCACGACAGUGAGAAUAAACCCAAAAAUGGAGGAAUAUGCGUGGCCAACCACACGUCACCCAUUGAUGUCAUAAUUCUGGCCAGUGAUGGCUGCUACGCAAUGGUGGGCCAAAUUCAUGGGGGCUUGAUGGGAAUCAUUCAGAGAUCCAUGGUGAGGGCCUGCCCGCACAUUUGGUUUGAGCGCUCAGAGGUCAAAGACCGACAUCUAGUGGCCAACAGGCUGAGUGACCAUGCACAGGAUAAAUCGAAGCUUCCCAUUCUCAUAUUCCCAGAAGGUACAUGCAUUAACAACACGUCAGUUAUGAUGUUUAAAAAAGGCAGUUUUGAAAUCGGCGGCACAGUGUACCCUGUGGCUAUCAAGUAUGAUCCCAGAUUUGGAGACGCCUUCUGGAACAGCAGCAAGUUCGGAAUGGUCAACUACCUGUUACGUAUGAUGAGCAGCUGGGCCAUUGUCUGCAGCGUGUGGUACCUUCCUCCUAUGUCCAGAGAGGAAGGGGAGGAUGCUGUACAGUUUGCCAAUCGGGUAAAAGCAGCCAUUGCCAGACAAGGAGGAUUAGUGGACCUUUUGUGGGACGGAGGGCUGAAGAGAGGAAAGGUAAAAGAUACUUUUAAGGAAGAACAGCAGAAGCUGUACAGCAAAAUGCUGGUGGGCACCCAAGAGGAUCGCAGCCGCUCCUGAAAGAUUUGGGAGGAGGUGGAUCGGCUCAAAGCCCUCACAGGGAAGCUCUGACUGCAAAUCAAGUCAGUUGCGCGCCCUCUAGAAGUUGAGGUUCUUCGACUUUUCUCUGCCUCAAACGGUCGUCUGCUGUUUGCAGCGUUGUAUCAGGUCCAUCGGCGUUACAUGAAACAAGCCUCACCUGCAUUCAGAAUGGAAAAGUAAUCAUGCUCCAAGAUGGAGCCAUGUCUUCCUUGUGGAUGAGAGGAAGAACUUGUAAUAUGUAUGUCAUUAAGUUUCUUUGUUUUCUAAUUUUAUUUUACAAUGUUUGUAUUUCACUUAUGUUUUAAGCUAACCCUGGUUCUACCUGGGUAUAUAACUGAGUUAUAGAUGAUAAAAAUGGUGUUUUGAGAGUUUGCAUGACUGGCUUGUGUCUGACAUGAUGCCAGAGUUUGUUACAUUGACAACUAUUUUUGUGUGUUUUUUUUUUUUUUUUUUUUUUUUUUCCCUUUCUAAGAGACAGAAUCUUGUAUUUUAAGCUUUGUGUUUUACAUGAAGGCUUGCAUCGACCUGUGAUUGCGACAGCAGUAACUGUUGUGACCGGAACUCUUGCUGGUUCGUUUUCCAUGGAAUGUGUCAAUGCUCACAUUGUGAAGUGGAAAUAUUGCACCUGUUCCAGCGAAUGAUGGCGUAUAUCAAGUUAAAGAACAGACUUGUGAUGCAUCAGUGCCCAUGGUCAACAGGUAAUCAUGCAGCUUUAAAUAAUUACAAUGGGUCUUUGAAAUGAAAAGCAACUAAUCAUUACAAUCCCUAACAGGCUUCACUGGCCACCGAUUUGUUUGUCUAAUUUAUUUGAACUGAGCUCCCAAGGCUAUUGCGUUGAUUUCCCCUUGCUUUGGUGAUCUUUGUCCUACUUGGCGAACUUUUCAAGAAGAGAAAGUGUAGCAGUAGUUUGGCCUCCUUCAGGCUGGAGUUAACCGCCAAACGUGCUCAUCAAAAUAAACCCUCAAGAAUGUCACUAUUUGUCUGGCGGUGGGUUUAUCCGGAAUGCAUAACUCUAAUGGGUUAAUUGUUCAAAUAGGACUUAAUUGCUUGUGCUGUAUUUCAGAUUCCCUUGCAAAAAAAAAAAACUGGCACUCUUCCCGACACAUUUGUCAACGCAGUUUUCAGACUGGUGAUUAACACAACCCAAUUGACUGACUUGUUCCCACUGGUGGAGAAUGGUCGUGCUUGAACAGCUCUCCAACAGCACUAUGGAAACCAUGUGCUUGUUGAAGCUGAAACUGCCACCCUUCGGUCUGGAUACUCAGGCCUUGGUUUACUCAUUUGCACGCGUCACCACAAGUUCUUCGCACCUUUGGCAAUUCAUGAAAACAGUCGCUAAUAUGCUGUAGUUGGAGUGCUCAUAAUGCUGGUAUGUGGCUUCACUGGGCUUCAAAGUAGGAACUUGGGCACAUACGCUACUUAUAAACACUAAAUUGGCAAGUAGGGCAGAAGGCUCCAUUCAAAUCUAUUUCGGACGAGAAAAUUACUACUUCCUGUUUUUUGUUUAUUUUUCCCCCCCAAAUGAGCGGUGUGUUCAAUUUCUCCCGUUAUUUUCCAAGUCACUCUGUAAACCUUGGUAUUCGAUUCCUGACAUUGUUGUGCCAUUGUAAUAAGACACGGGAACGUGACACCGGGAGCUACGCAUGCCACGGAGCGUCAACAAUUUAACGUAGUUCGCUGACGUUUGCGUCAGUCGACGCUUAAGACGACGUCAAGAUUCCCAGCGCGGAAAUGGGCGGUGCCCCCCAUGUUCCUUAACGCACCACGACUUGUGUCUUACUGUCAGUAGUAGUUAGUUGGUCCCAACAAGCUGGUGACUGCGCUCACUCUUAACAGCUUUGGCUUAUUAGUCAGCUUACUCGUGGCGGCUUUUGAAAACGGGACAAUUUGAGCCGCUCGUGCGCUCGACGAUGGCAACCGGAGACUACAGCCCGCUGUCGGCAAACAAGUCGGACCACCUUUAUACUGCCAUGCUAGUUUAUUUUAAGCGCUGCUAACUACUCCGGUUGUCACACUAAGCCUUUGUAAGCUGCUGAGGAGGUCGCUUCUCGGCCGAGGACGUUUGUCGAGUUUUGUGUUUUCAGUUCGAACUAUGGCGACGCGCACCGACGUGCUUCUUGUCACCGCCAACGUCGGCUCGCUCUUCGACAAUAUCCUUUUCUGUUCCAACAUGACCGCCUACCCAUCAGGAUGAGUUUGGUGUGGAAGAAGUUGACCUCAACCUUUUUUGUGGAUGGAUGAAUAGCUUAUGCAAGAGCGGUACGGCGAAACGCUCCAUGGCUCCAUCCGUUUUCUGCAGCGCCUGUGGUCGUGAGGGUCACGGGUGAGCUGGACCCUUGUUCCCAGCUGACCUUUGCUGAGACGCGGCUUCCGUUCUGGACUGGACGAUUGAGAGUGUUUAAUACGUUUGGAAUGUGGGGGAUGGGCGCAGUACUUGAAGACAAACCACGCAAGCAUUUGGAAGGACAUGCCAACUCCACGCCAGAAGACCGCAGCCUGGAUUCAAAGCCCCCAAACUCAAAACUGUCAGGCCGAUGUGCUAACCACUUGGCCGCCAUUCCGCCCUCUGUACCAAAUACAACAAUAUUCCGUUUUGAUGUAUUCAUCUAACUGCACUACACUAUGUUUAUGGUUUUGGUUGUAAUUUGCAAUGGUGUAGAACUGUCAUAUCUUGGUUAUCGCAAUUACCGGAAUCAGUUAAGCGAGUCAAAACUAUUACGGGUGGCUCCGUUCUGAGUGUAAUGCAACAGUAAUAAAUAUAUUGUUAAAUGAA